GGUCCCGGCGGGCGGGCACUCGGGCGGCCGCGGCGCGAUGGAGGCGCCGGCGGAGCUGCUGGCCGCGCUGCCCGCGCUGGCCACCGCUCUGGCGCUGCUGCUCGCCUGGCUGCUGGUGCGGCGCGGGGCGGCCGCAAGCCCGGAGCCCUCACGCCCCUCCGAGGCCAGAGGCCCCCCGGAGCCGGCGGCCGCGCCCGAGGGCCCGGGGACCCCGGAGGGCCCGGGGGAGCCCCAGCCCCCGGGGGCGCGCGCGGCGGCGCCGGCGGAGGCGGAGGAGCAGGCCGCCGCGGCGAGGCAGGAAGAGGAGCAGGGUGGCGAGGAGGGCCCACCCCAAGCAGAGCCUGAGGAAGAAGACGGAGGAGAGACAUUCUCCUUUAAAUACAGCCCUGGGAAGCUGCGGGGGAACCAGUACAAGGAGAUGAUGACCAAAGAGGAACUGGAGGAAGAACAGAGGAUUGAGCUGACCUCUGACCUCACUUCCCUCUAGCAAGUUCCUUAGGUCCUGAGCCACAAAUAUUCUUGCAAAUCCUUUUGAACUGAAGAAUAAUGAAGUUAUCCUUAGCCUCCUCCUAAAGGCUUUUCCUUUUGGCAUCUUAAAAGCUUGGGAGAUAAAAUGGAAACCCCCAGAGAGGAGCCCUGCAGGCCCCAGGGCACCUGGCCCCUCGGGCAGCACUGCCCCUUGGCUGGGGGGCCCCAGCGGGCUUCAGCUCCUGGGUGGAGGUGUCUCGCCUUGUUUGUGUAGGUUGCUUUGUUAAGCUGAAGGGUUUUAAGAGUUUGAUCUCACACCCGGGGCUGAUUUUUAUCACUCAUCCCUGCCCUCCACACCCUCACACCGUGACAUCACCAACGACCUCAGCAUUUUAGGUCAGUACAGUGCCAUCCCAGCCCUCCUGCCUUCUCCCUCACUGCCCACCGUGAGAGGCUCUGCAGGGCGGCUGGCAAGUGAGGCAGGGCUGCCAUGCCCACUAGUGGUCAGGGACAGUGGACAGCCCGCCUGUCCCUGGGGUCCACUUCUCUCCUCCCCGCUGGCUGGGUCGCUGUGGGCGAGAGGCACCACAUGUACCCGGGCAGCAGAGAACCAGUGCCGCCUCUUGAUUGACCAUCACCCUUAUUUCUCCUUUAGGGGAGGCUUGUUGCAAAGACACCUUUUCACUGGUUUUUUAACCAGCUCAGCCAUAUCUCCACCUUCACUUUGGCAGAAGCAAUAAUAAUAGUGUUUGCUUAAGAGAUUUCUUGACUAUGACUUUUCCUAGAAGGUUUCAUAGAUGAGUCUGAACUUCACCACAUAAUCAGAUCAGUCCCAGAUUCAUUUCCUGGAGUUUUAUAUUUGACAAUAUUUAUACUAUACCAAACUAAUCUGCAGUUUUUAGAUGUUGGUUAAAACUUUUUUUAAAGCAGUAAGUUUAUAGAAAAUGUUUUUCCAUUUAAUAGAAGGCUGGGAAAUGUCCAGUGUCAACCCCUAGGGGAUGUUUUGUUCCCAGUGACCUUCUCCUCCGGGCCUAAUACCUUAGGUUCGGGGCUUAGGGCAGAGCCAGCGACAGCCGGGCAGAGCCACGAAUAGAUAAAGAGCAGGUGUACUCUCGUGGGCACACAUGGCCCCACACAGCAGUAGUGAUGUCCUUGUCCAGGCUGGGGGUCUUCCCAAUACAAUAAGUAGGUUAGUUAUCUGAGUUGUUUUGGAAACUUUCUGAACAUGGCUUGUAGGCCCCAAGCCUCAUAUACUCCUGAUGGCUUGGAUCUGUAUAUUCAGCCUUUGUUCAGUCCAAUAAACUUUGAGUAGAUGA